AUGAGUCGUAAAGGUCAUGGUCGUGGCCAUGAUCGUGGCCGUGGUCAUGAGAAUGGUCGUGAGAGUGGUCGUGAGAGUGGUCGUGAGGGUGGUCGUGAGAGUGGUCGUGAGGGUGGUCGUGAGGGUGGUCGUGAGAAUGGUCGUGAGGGUGGUCGUGAGAAUGGUCGUGAGGGUGUUUUUCAAUCUCAUGAUGAGGCAGAAGAACGUUACGAGUAUUUGUAUGGACACCCUCCUGAUAUCUCAGAGGAAGAGGGUUCAAAAGUAGUUGAAAAGGAUUCUAAAAAAGAAGCAGAUAAAUUAGCACACAUCUUACAACGAUUACUUGUUUUAUCUUCAAAUGCUAAUCAACAACCUCCUAACAAAGAGAAAAAAUGCAAUUGUUGUGGAAGUCAAACACGUAAAGAUUUGAAUGCCGAAGAAAAGAAUACGGCAUUACUUGCUUGUUCAAGUUGUUUUAGUGUGAAUUAUUGUUCUAAAGAAUGUCAAAAAAAGGAUUGGAAAAAUGGACAUAGAAAAUUAUGCCCAACAUUAAAGGAUUCCAAAAAAGCUUGA